AUGGUCCUUGCGUUCGGCGACGUGUGCGCCCUUCUAGAAGGGGCAGAGAAAAUUGCAACACGGCGCCCGCGAUGUCCUCCAGACGAGGUAGAGAAGCGCAUUCGCCAGCAUGUGGCGAGAUGGUUCAAAGAACGUAGGGAAGACCUGGCCUUGGGAUGGUACGUUACCCCGAACGCUAAGAUACGCCAAACGCAUGCUCACAAGACAUACUCCAUAGGCACGUUCUCUACCAGGAUCAAACGUGCAAUUCCGAUGGAGAGGGUCGAUAAUCUGCUCACCCAGCUGGCUGCGAAAUACCGAUUCUCCGACCUAAGCAUCCAAAAACAACGUGAGUGGCAUAUGAGCACGGAUACUGAAUUGAAGUACAUCCUCAGACGUCUCGAGUCUUGGGAGGCAAAAUGGUUCGUCAGACUACUUCUACGCGAGUAUACCACGAUUUCUCUCGACGAGACGUAUGUGUUUUGGAAGUAUCACUUUUUGCUCCCCGAUCUUCUGAAAUUCCAGAAUGAGUUCGAUGCUGCUUUGCGCAUACUGCGAGAGGAAUUGAGUCGCUAUCCGCCGGCUCCAGAGCCAUCUCUGGAGAGCCAGAUGCGAUCAGAGGCCGCACGGCUCCUAAAAGCAGCCGUUGGUGUCAAAGUUGCGCGCCCACCAUUUCACAAGGCUUGGUCUUUCAAGCACUGUUUCCAACUUGUUGGUAAUCGAGCCUGGGCCGCUGAAGUCAAAUAUGAUGGGGAAUACUGCGAGAUUCACGUUGACGUAGAAAGCGCUCCGAAUGACAUCAAGAUCUUUUCGAAGAAUGGCAAAGACGCGACAGAAGAUCGGCGACCUCUACACGGUACUAUUCGAAAUGCACUACGCAUUGGACACCCCGAGUGCACGUUCAGACGAAACUGCAUCAUUUUGGCAGAAAUGGUACUCUACAGCGACAGAGAGCGGAAGAUCUUAUCGUUUUCGAAGAUCCGGAAGCACAUUAAAAGAUCAGGUUCAUUCCUCGGCACAUUACAAGACUCACAUCCUCACGCAUGGGAACAUUUGAUGCUUGUCUUCUUCGACGUGCUAGUGUUGGACGACGAACCCAUUAUGCGUCAAUGCCUCCAGAAACGGCGGCGAAAUCUGCGCGACCUUGUUAAGAUUAUUCCUGGCCGCUCUGUGCGCUCUCAGUGGACUCUUCUAGAUUUUAAGAGUGAGCACGGUAUCACUGAUCUUAAACAGGCGUUUGCUCGAUCGCUCGUUGAAAAGCAAGAGGGGCUCAUCCUGAAGCCAUUAGGUGUACCCUACUUUCCACUCCAUUCCGAAGCAGGUGUGUACCAGCCCGGAUACUUCAUCAAGUUCAAGAAAGAUUAUCUGGGCGAUAUGGGAGGCCAACGAGACCUCGGUGACUUCGCCAUCAUCGGUGCAUGCUACAACCCUCAGGUGGCCUCAAAGACAGAUCUGAAGCCUCUCCAUUGGACUCAUUUCCAUGUCGGAUGCAUUACGAAUAAGCUAGAGAUACAGCGCUCCAGAGCAAAACCCAAUUUCAAAGUAGUAGGAUGUCUCAGUCUCGACAAGCAGAUCCCAAAGAGCGACCUGAAGUACCUCAAUCAGGUUGGCCGACUCCAUCAGGUGGAUCUAGGUUCCAGCCUAUCAAUCGAUGCGUUCGACCUCGAGCACAGCAAAGGCUUCGAGCGUCGCAUGACGGUAGCCUUCAAGGUGCCCUUCGUGGCCGAGAUCCUUGGAAGUGGCUACGAGAAGAUGCAAAACGAGACCUUCGAGAUGCUUCGUCAUCCUCGGGUAAAGAAGAUUCACCUCGAUCGUACUUGGGAGGAUGCCGUGUCGAUGGACGAGCUGCAACUCAUGGCUGGGGAGACGUGGAGCGUCCCAGAUGCUAAGGGCUUGGAUGGUCACGCGAGAGACGUAGCUCUGCUUAUGAAGAAGUACCUCAAGGAGAACGAGGGUUCUCAGAUAACGACUUCAGAGUGCGAGACAACGCAGGAUACGACUCAACGAAGCGAAGCCUCCACCAUCAACCACACCGAUUCCGUACCAAAGGACGCAAUCGUUCAGGAAACGCAGCAGAACUCAUUGCACACUCGCACCACGCUCACGUCAUCGCAAUGCUCAGGAAGCACUCAGGCCAAUGGCACGUGUACCUCGAAGGAGUUCCGGAGCAUUCUGGUGCGCGAGGAUACCUCCGAGCGUCUUCGGAUACACGAGGUCGUCAACAGUAACCCUACUCCACCCAUAUCAUCCGGGGUCUCUAUCAGCUCGACACGUAGUUCGCCAAGUGACAUCAUCAGUCCACCAUCGAGCAAGCGGAGAAGAACCCUGGCCCCGCUUGCAGAUGCUGGUGGAAACCGAAACCUUGGUUCAUUUGAUUAUGAUUCGCAGACGAAGAUUAUCCAUAUCUAUGCGGAGGAAGGCCUAAAGGUGCAGGUACACAAUAGGCCGCAUAUAGAUGACUAG